GUGUGAAAUAUGCCGUCGCAUGAGUUUAAUCAGUUUAAUGACCAUAUGUUUUCAUAUGAAGAACACGAACAUUUUCGAAAACAUCAUGAGCGACAAGUCGAUCUUAUAGCUCAACGCAACCAAUACAUAUUGUAUUAUGUUAUUGUUUUUAUUGUUUUAAAUGUGCUAUUUAUCGCAUUUUUGUGUUGUCUGCGUGCCAGACAGAAAAGACAACAAUUAAAAGCAGAGUCCACGGACGAGCAUGCUCCCGUUGUGGUUACCUCUGCCACACAUACAGCGCCCGGUGGCUAUCCAGUUACGCAGCUGCCUGCCACUAACUAUCAAACCAAUGUCUAUGCCACGCCAUAUCCAGCACAGACUACAGGCAAUGUAACUGUGCAAAUGCCCAUGCCCAUGCCACAUCAACAAAUGCAACCUAUGCCUGGCAUGCAAACGCAUGUGUAUCCACCAAUGCCUAUGCCUGGCGCUGGUGUUGGCAACAUGAAUCCACCCACCUAUGACAUGGCUGUAGCUCCCGGCGGACCCAGCGUUGUGCCCGGCUAUGAAAAGCAGUCGCCCUAUAAUCCCAACUUUUCGCAGUAGAUUGAACAACUUUUCGACAGCAUUUCGUGCUAGUUUUACAUGCAACUUUACGCUUAAGAUUUUGCUUACACAUUUAGUUGACAUGCCCUAAACACACAACAACAACAACAACCAAAUAAAUGUAUUAGCAAAACUUUGAAAAAUUCAUCAAAAAAAAAUUGCACAUUCAACUUUUUUCGUAGUCAGCAUUCACGCAUAUAUGUGAUGUAUAUAUAUUAAGCGCAGAUUAUUUUUAAUUUGUAUAUUUACCAUAAGCAUAAAAAGCAUUACAAUGUGUUAUAUGUUAAUAAAAGAAAAAAAACAAUUGUGAUUUGCACAUACGCAAAGUUUGUAAUUUAUGCAAAUUUUGUGUGCAUU